AUGUUACGACGUAUUAGAUCAGCGUUCAUUGAACCACAGCCAGCAAGUGCUAAUCGCUUAAAUGAGUAUAAGAUCCUACGAAAACUUGGGCAAGGCACAUUUGGAACUGUGAGUUUGUGCGUGUAUCUUCCAACGGGAGAGAACUUUGCUAUGAAGACUCUGAUGAAGAAGCCCUUGGAGAGAAAUAUGGCUCUAAACCGAAUGGUGCAUAGAGAGCUGGAAAUCCUGACGGGGCUAGAUCAUCCGAAUGUCAUCAAAUUAAAGGAAUGGUUUGAGACAAAGGACAAGUACUUUUUGAUCUUUGAAUAUGCAUCAGGUGGAGAACUGUUUCAGCGUAUCAGUGAAAAGGGAAAGUUUACCGAGAUGGAUGCAGCCAAGAUAGCCUAUAGCUUACUUGAUGCAUUGAACUAUAUACACGAGCACAACAUAGUGCAUCGAGAUCUCAAACCCGAGAAUGUGUUAUAUCGUGACAAGACUGAUGAUUCACCAAUUGUGAUUGCCGACUUUGGAGUCUCGAAUAUAGUAGAUGACCAAACUAUGCUUCAGACAAUGGUCGGCUCACCAGGAUAUGCAGCUCCUGAAGUCAUUGAACGAACAGGCCACAACAAACCUGCUGAUAUAUGGAGUGUUGGCAUAAUAACAUAUACUCUAUUGUGUGGAUUCCAUCCAUUUCAUGCGUGUGAGGACCAAUCUCAAUUGCUGAAAGCAGUUUGCAAAGCCGAAUUCAAGUUUGAGAGUCCGUAUUGGGACAACGUCUCUCAAGAAGCUCAAGAAUUCGUAAUAUCUCUACUACAACUCGACCCAAGUAAACGCCCCAAAGCCAAACAGGCCAUGCUCCAUAGCUGGCUCCUCGCACACGUAUCCGCCGCUCGUGUACGAGCCCGUACUCUCCGUCCCUCAAUCCUCACAAGGAAGCUUGAUUCCGCGAUUGAUAUGGCCAGCAGUACCCAAUCAUCAUCUCAACAAUCACCAACAUCACCAACAGGAAGCAUCGACGACUUGCAUAUAUCAUCAUCUAGUGAAGCCUUAUUGGAUCGAUCAGAAGGUGAUCAAAGGUCUACAGACUCUGACUUGCCAGACUUGUCUACGAAAUGGGAGCAGUCCGAAGAUGGGUCCAAGAUGGAUUUGAAUCACGCAAGGAGGGCAUUGAGGAGAGUGCUGACGGCCGCUUCGCUAAUUGGUAAAAUGCAGCUUCAGCGUAAAAAAUCAAUGGAGAGUUUGAAGGGUAGUAGCUUUGCGGUGGAGAAUGAUGCUAUGCCAACGGCGAAUCCAUUAAGUCCUACAUCGCCGCCACGAAUUAUGGGUAGUACGGGGAGACGAGACUCUGCACCUGAUCUUAAACGUAUAAGGAAACCAUCUAUCCCUAUCUCGUAA